AUGCCUGCCACAUACGCAUCCACAAACAUCAACGGGCACGGCUCGUCCUCCGCCGGGCCAUCCAACGGGGCAGUCGAGGACAUUGACAUGGAGGAUGACGAGGCGCCCGUGGGUGAUCUGUCUGAUGACGAGGAGGGCGAGGAGGAAGAAGAAGCAGGAUGGACAGAGGCGACGUUUACAGACAAGCCAAUUUCACGGGCUGGCGCCAGUGUCGUGCGGGGACUGUCGGACGCAAUGAGAGACGCGAUCAAGCGGUUGGACGAUGUGGUAGACAGUAUCAAGGAGACUGCAUACAUUCUGGAAGAGGCGGUUGCGGAUGACCCAGCCCUAAAGAAUGUCGAGGCGUCACUGUUCAAGGCAUUCGACCAACGUGCCGUAUUGAAAAUCAAAGCAAACGCCCUAGACGAGCUCUCGAAGAGACUGCUCGAGGGAAGAGAACAUACCAACAUUCAAGCGGACUUUGAAAACCUGUCUGAACCUCGUAUUCAAGAGUACAAGGGCAAAUCCCAACACGCGAAGUUCAAGAAAGACCGCGAGUAUGCAGACUUUAAGAGCGAGCUCUGGUCUCGAUCACACGAGACAGCCUGUCCCCCCAUCUCCACCUUUCUCACAAAGGGUCCCAACGAUGAGGACGACUCUGACGACGAUAUCGAUAUGGGUGGUCAGACCCAAAAUUACAGGUGUCCUAUCACCUUGACAUUAUAUCAGGACGCUGUCACAAGUGUCAAAUGUAACCACACAUACUCGAAGGAAGCCAUUAUCAACCUCAUCACCAACUCUCAAAAGAACAGAGGCGUCGCCAGAUGCCCAGUUACUGGUUGUUCCAUUGCCAUAUCCAAGGCUGACCUAAAGGACAAUCCUGCGAUACAAAAGCGAGCGAACGACUUCUCCCGUCGCCAACAAGAGAAAGAGGAUGAUAGGGACGAUGAUGCGGCGAGUGUCGAGGAUGACAGCGAUGGUGAAUAG